UAGCUGCUCCACCAAUAAAAUACUUGGUAGACCAGAACAGAAGCACAGAAUGGCAGAGAAAAGUGGCAGCAACCCGGCGGAGGCUCCGGAUCUCGAUGCACCGGAAAAGCCCGGCCUGGAGAUGGCGCAGUUUGCGGCGGGGUGCUUCUGGGGGGUGGAGCUGGCGUUCCAGAGGGUGGAGGGGGUGGUGAAGACGGAGGUGGGAUACUCUCAGGGGAAGCUCCCGGAUCCCAGCUACAAGGACGUAUGCGUAGGCGACACUAACCAUGCCGAGGUGGUGAGGAUCCACUUUGAUCCUGUGGCCUGCCCUUAUCCCAAGCUUCUUGCAGUCUUUUGGGGCCGUCAUGAUCCCACUACCCUCAAUCGCCAGGGAAAUGAUGUGGGCACCCAAUAUCGGUCAGGCAUAUAUUACUACAAUGAGGCACAAGCUAAAUAUGCUAGGGAAUCCCUAGAGGAAAAGAAGAAGGAGAUUAAGGACAAGAAAAUUGUGACAGAGAUCCUUCCAGCUAAGAAGUUCUACAGAGCAGAAGAGUACCAUCAGCAGUAUCUGGAGAAAGGAGGUGGAACAGGAGAAAAACAAUCUGCUAGGAAAGGAUGCAAUGACCCCAUUAGAUGCUAUGGAUGACAUGAUAUGCUUCAUUCAACUUUGUGUUUCUUCUUACCAAAGUAUCAUCAUAUGCUUGUGAGCCCUCUAGGGUAAGGACAUAUCUAAAUAAAAAAUGGAGCAUUUCAAUAUUAUGUUA